AUGUUGUCGCGAGGGUGUCAGUUUGCAGCAUUUCGGCAGCGGAUAUUGCCGACAGCUCGUGGUGAUGGUUUGUAUCGCUCGAGCGUGCGUUAUAAACGCUCGAGUGCAAAAAGUGCGCGCGCAGGUGCUACUGCUGCUGGGUCCGACCGACACAUGGCGUUGACGAUGGCCAUUCGCCAGAUUGAAAGCAGUUUUGGUAAAGGUGCAGUGAUGCAAUUGGGAUCGACGAAAAUUGCUGAGCGCGUUGAAGUGAUUUCGUCUGGCUCGUUAUCGCUCGACGUGGCUCUGGGCAUUGGUGGUAUACCGAGAGGACGAGUGGUGGAGAUUUAUGGUCCCGAGAGCUCGGGCAAAACGACAUUAGCACUGAGCUGUAUCGCUCAAGCUCAGAAGACAGAGGGUGGCGUGUGUGCCUUUAUUGACGCGGAGCACGCGAUUGACGCUCACUACGCCAAGGCGUUGGGUGUCGACAUCGAUGCUCUUUAUGUCUCGCAGCCUGACUCUGGAGAAGAAGCGCUGGAGAUCGCUGACACACUGAUCAGGUCGGGAGCAGUCGACCUUGUCGUGCUAGACAGUGUAGCUGCGCUCGUGCCCCGAGCAGAGCUGGAAGGGGAAAUGGGAGACCAACAAAUUGCUCUGCAAGCACGACUAAUGAGUCAAGCUCUGCGCAAGCUGACUGGGUCACUAUCGAAGUCCAAUUGCACCAUCAUUUUUCUGAACCAAAUUCGGCAAAAGGUGGGUGUCAUCUUUGGAUCUCCUGAGGUAACGUCGGGUGGCACGGCGUUGCGCUACUAUGCUUCCGUGCGGCUGGACAUCCGCCGGAAGACGGCCAUCAAAGAGGGCGAUCAGGUCGUCGGUAAUGAGACGGUGGUCAAGGUGGCUAAAAACAAACUUGCGUCGCCUUUCAAGAUCGCGAACUUUGACAUGGUGUUUGGACACGGUAUUGACCGCCAGUCAGAGCUGCUCGAGUUGGGCGUUCAGCAUGGCUUGUUAAAGCGGUCAGGCGCGUGGUAUAGUGUCGCUGGGAGCGACGAACCUAUUGCCCAGGGUAAGGCAAAAGCCAAGGCAUAUCUGCAGGACAAUCCCGAGAUCGCGAAGGACCUGGAAGCGAAGUUGCGUCAGAUGCUUUUUGAGUCGAGCAGGGUGGAGGAGGAGGUUGCCGAGGUUACUGUUAUAGCGGACCUUAACUUGGUUGAUGAGGGCGAGGACGAGGACGAGACUAUCGCUUCCAGAACCGAGGAAGGUCGUAAUGGCGACAGUGAUAGUAGUGCUGACGACGAAAAAAACAUGUAA